CAGUAAAAACCAACUAGAUUCUCUCCUCUCUAUCUUCUUCUUCUUCUUCAAAUUCAUUUCCAUUGAAUCUAAUCUGCCCUUCAACCUUUUUCUUCUUCUCUCAAACUCUCAUUCAAUUUUCUCUCUCUAUCUUAUCACAUAAAAAUAAAGCACAACCCAAAUUACAAAACAUUAAAAAAAAUUAAUUCAAACAAAAAAAAUCCAAAAUUUAAACCUCAGAUAACAACAAUUUAAUCCAUCAGUAUUACUCCCCAACUACAAUACCCAUAUGAAAGCUCCAUUUCUCACCCCAAUUUUCCAUCCUUAAAGAUUGAAACUUUCCCAAGAAAAUUAUAUAAAGAUUAAAACUUUCCCCGAGAAAAUUAUAUCAAGAUUGGAACUUUCGGAGAAAAUUUGUAUUUCUUUUCUUGAUGGAUAAAUCCUUAAAUCGAUUUCGUUACCAUUUUUCAAUCACAAAACUUAUAUUCUGGACCUGCAUUUUCUUGGGUCUAAUUCUCCUCUUCUUUAUCCACUCUCCCCAUUUGGAUAAUAAUAAUAAACACAGUAAUAACGGCCGGCGAUUUCUAACCGAUUCCGAUUGGCAAUUAGUUAUAAAAUCUGCAACACCCAGAUUACGUACCGGCGGUAUCAAAGUUCUGGUCACCGGCGCGGCGGGUUUCGUUGGAACCCAUGUCUGUGGAGCAUUACGGCGGCGGGGGGACGGCGUGGUUGGCCUGGAUAACUUCAAUGCUUAUUAUGAUCCUUCUUUGAAACAAGCCCGACGCGCUCUUUUGGAGCGUUCAGGUGUGUAUGUUGUUGAGGGUGAUAUUAAUGAUUCUAAAUUGUUGAAGAAAUUAUUUGAAUCAGUUGAGUUUACUCAUGUAAUGCACUUGGCUGCUCAGGCUGGGGUUCGGUAUGCAAUGAAAAAUCCUGGUUCUUAUGUUCAUAGUAAUAUUGCUGGCUUUGUUUCUUUACUUGAAGUUUGUAAGUCCGUGAAUCCACAGCCUGCAAUUGUAUGGGCAUCUUCUAGUUCAGUCUAUGGACUCAAUACUAAGGUACCCUUUUCGGAAAAGGAUCGAACGGAUCAGCCUUCGAGUCUUUAUGCUGCUACGAAGAAGGCGGGUGAGGAGAUUGCUCAUACUUAUAAUCAUAUCUAUGGUUUGUCCAUCACUGGCUUGAGAUUCUUCACUGUUUAUGGUCCUUGGGGUAGGCCUGAUAUGGCUUACUUCUUUUUUACGAAGGAUAUUUUGAAAGGGAAGGCGAUAACCGUGUUUGAAGGGCCGAAUCAUUUCACUGUGGCGAGAGAUUUUACUUACAUUGAUGAUAUAGUGAAGGGUUGUUUAGGUGCGUUGGAUACUGCUAAGAAGAGUACCGGGAGUGGUGGGGUUAAAAAAGGUCCUGCUCAAUUGAGAGUGUUUAAUCUCGGAAAUACUUCGCCUGUUCCCGUUAGUAAGCUUGUUAGUAUACUUGAGAAGUUGCUGAAGGUUAAGGCUAAGAAGGUUGUGCUGCAAAUGCCUGCAAAUGGGGAUGUGUUGUUUACUCAUGCGAAUAUUAGUUUGGCGCAGAAGGAGCUUGGUUAUAAGCCUACCACUGAUUUGCAAUCGGGGUUGAAGAAAUUUGUGCGGUGGUAUCUGGAUUACUACACACGAUCAGGGAAGAGGAAUUCUGUGUAAAUGCUGCUGCAUUUUGUGAAUAUGCGGUAGGAUCAUGCGAAUAUAUAUUGAUUUGAUUCUUGCGAUAUCUGUCCAUUAGCUAUAUACUACUUGUGAAAUAGGUCAAUUCUUGAACCACCAUAUAUGAAUUUUAUGGCUGGUAUGCAUGCUUUUGGAGAAUUCCUGAAGUGUUACUUGAACUUUACUCCUUGUUUUACCCAUUGUUCUUUAUUCUUCAUUAUUUUUAAGUAGAAUGCUAGUGGUAGUUAGGAAUUUACCGUGAUGAACUGAAUCAAUGUUAUUGUCUAUUGGAAUUAUAAAUGAAUAUCUUACUUUUUGGGUGCUUCAA